UUGUCUAUUUUUAUUUUGUAAGUUUAUUAUUACUGUAAAUGACUAAAGAGGAGUUGUUUGCCGGCCAUGAAGUUGUCACCACAGUGUUGUUUCUCCUGACAAAAUACACCUGAGAGAAACACUCCUCACCAAAUGAUCAACAUUACAUAUGCAUAGUAGACAUUAUGACGGACAAAAUAUGUCCUUUAUAUGUAAAGUCUGAAUGUUCACUAACUUGGAACUGUUUUCUCCAGAUCCUCUGUUGGCCAUUCAUACUUGAUCGUGGGACUAGACAGUGGGAGACUUCUUCCAGAGAACAGCAGAAAGACUACAGAGAGACUCAACCAGAGAAAAACAAGCUUCCAGAGACUAGAUACCAGACAGGAUCCUGAGAGACCAGACAGAGAACAAAGAGACCUGAGUUAUGGAGACACAUCAGUGUGACACCUGUGGGAAGAGCCUUUCCUCAUCCAGUAGCCUCAAGCAGCACAUGGUGAUCCACACUGGAGAGAAGCCCUACAGCUGUGACCUCUGUGGUAAAACCUUUAGCCAUGCUUCCAGUUUCAGAAAUCACAGCAGGAUCCAUACCGGAGAGAAGCCAUACAGUUGUGACCUCUGUGGUCAAACCUUUAGCCAGGCUGCCCAUUUAAGAGUUCACAGCAGGAUCCACACAGGAGAGAAGCCCUACAGCUGUGACCUCUGUGGUCAAACCUUUAGUCAUGCUUCCAGUUUCAGAGAUCACAGCAGGAUCCACACUGGAGAGAAGCCCUACAGCUGUGACCUUUGUAGUAAAACCUUUAGGCAGAGAGGGGAAUUCACAGUUCACCGCAGGAUCCACACUGGAGAGAAGCCCUACAGCUGUGACCUUUGUAGUAAAACCUUUAGACAGAGAGGGGAAUUCACAGUUCACCGCAGGAUCCACACUGGAGAGAAGCCCUUUAGAUGUGACCUCUGUGGUCAAACCUUUAGCCAGGCUUGCAGUUUAAGAUCUCACCGCAGAAUCCACACUGGAGAGAAGCCCUACAGCUGUGACCUCUGUGGUCAAACCUUUAGACGGAGAGGGGAAUUCACAGUUCACUGCAGAAUCCACACUGGAGAGAAGCCCUACAGCUGUGACCUUUGUGAUAAAACCUUUAAACAGAGAGGGGAAUUCACAGUUCACCGCAGAAUCCACACUGGAGAGAAGCCCUACAGCUGUGACCUCUGUGAUAAAACCUUUAGACAGAGAGUGAAAUUCACAGUUCACCGCAGAAUCCACACUGGAGAGAAGCCCUACAGCUGUUACCUCUGUGGUAAAACCUUUAGAGACGCUUCUGGUUUCAGAUUUCACAGCAGGAUCCACACUGGAGAGAAGCCCUACAGCUGUGACAUCUGUGGUAAAACCUUUAGCCAGGCUAACAACUUAAAAGUUCAUCGCAGGAUCCACACUGGAGAGAAGCCCUACAGCUGUGAUCUCUGUGAUAAAACCUUUAGACAGAGAGGGCAAUUAACAGUUCACAGCAGGAUCCACACCGGAGAGUAGCCCUACAGCUGGCCACACUGUGACUUUUCAUGUCAAACAAAUGGCAAUCUGAAGAGUCACCUGCAUAUCCACAAUAGAAAACAAAACAAAGCAGUGAUGUCUGGGGACAAGUUGUGCCAGCAGUCACCACCUGAGAGAACUUCUGUAUGACCCUCAGCUGGAAGAACUACUGGCUUACACCUACUGGGACAGCACAUGCAGUAACACCAGAUCUACAGUCCAACAUGACAGGACAGGAAAGAUACUCUACCCCUGUAAUGAUGGAAGGGAAGUUGUCAGACAGGGUAGAAUCUUGGUAAACACUUGCUGACACCUUUCUGUUCUGAAGCAAUAUGAUUCAAGCAAUUGGAAUUUUCCAUCUUUUGUUGUUCUGUUUGUGUUGGUUAAAAUAGUCUGGUGAUGUUGUGAUAAGAGCUCUACAGGAACAUGUGGGUUGUUCUAAACUCAUCAGAACUCACCAGGCUUGGUGGUUCUGAUGAAGACGGUUACUGUGUGUCUCACCAAGUUAUCAUUUGGUAUUGUUUUUCAAGACUAUACUGAAUAUAUUUCAGACAAUACUGACUGAAUAUGUUGAAUCUGUCAAUAUUUACUCUAUAUUGAAGUACUUUUAGCUUUGUUGGUAAAUGUAAAGCCUUUUGUAAAAUGGAUUUGAAAAGUGAUACACAAAUAAAGUUGUCUGAGAUACUUUCUGUAUCUUUGUUGUUUUGUGACAGUUCCAGACUGUCCAGACUGACGCCUGGGACACACUGGCUGCAAAGUGCCGCGAUUAGCUGCGAAGUGCCUGGAAGCGCAGCCUUAUUCCUUUCGGCGCCCAUGUUAUCAAAUUGGACAGGCCACACGGGCUGCGAAGCGCCGCGAUUGGCUCGUGCUCUGGAGCGAUCGUUUCGGCAGCUGACCUCAUUAUCAUAUUGGGAAGAAUGAAUGAAUGAAUAAAGAAAUACAUAAAUGAAUGAAUACAUAACCAAAUACAUGUAA